UGGGCCCAUCUGUCUCCAUCCGCAUGAACGACGUCGUCCCAUCAAGAAAAUCCGUUUUUUUCCCAACAGCUAUAAACGAGGGCAAACGCAUCAAAUCGAUCGUUUUCUGUUCGAUACAAACGAUGAAACGAAGCAGCCUCCUUCCCCUCCUUCCCUCUCCGCCAAACAGAUCUCUCUCUCAUUUUCAACGCCAAACACAACUCCUCACUUCAUAGUCUCUCUCUCUCUCUCUCUCUCUCUCUAGACGUACAUCAAUGGCACAAGUAGUGGCCACUCGACCGAUUCAAAGCUCCUUACUCUGCCCCACCUUCCAAAACCAAUUCGACAAGAAGAUCAAGCCUUACGGGUUUUCUUCCAAUUUUUUGAUAGCUCGCCGCAAGCAACGAAAGGGCCUCAGAGUGACUCGCAUUAACGCACCGAUCCUCGCCAAGAGAUCCGCACGUACCGAGACUGAGGUCGUUCCUGUCUCCCCCGAAGAUGUACCAAAGAUGGAAGAGAAAAUUCAGUACCUACGAGAGCAGCUUGGUGACAGUUCCAUGAGUAUGUGGGCUAAGCCUACAGUUAGACGCAAGACAAAGAUUGUUUGCACAAUUGGUCCUUCCACGAACACUAAGGAAAUGAUAUGGAACCUUGCUGAGGCUGGGAUGAAUGUUGCUCGCCUGAAUAUGUCCCAUGGAGACCAUGCAUCUCAUCAAAUUGUUAUUGAUUUGGUUAAAGAAUAUAAUUCUCAAAACAAAGACAACGUCAUUGCAAUAAUGCUUGACACUAAGGGCCCCGAGGUUCGGAGUGGCGACUUGCCUCAACCAAUCAUGUUAGCAAGUGGCCAGGAAUUCACAUUCACGAUUAGGAGAGGAGUUGGCAUGGCAGACACUGUCAGUGUGAACUAUGAUGAUUUUGUCAAUGAUGUAGAAGUGGGUGACAUGCUCCUUGUUGAUGGGGGUAUGAUGUCAUUAGUCGUUAAAUCCAAGACAGAAGAUUCAGUAAAAUGUGAGGUUGUCGACGGAGGGGAGCUUAAAUCUAGACGACAUCUCAAUGUUCGAGGAAAGAGUGCGACACUUCCAUCCAUCACUGAAAAGGACUGGGAUGACAUCAAGUUUGGAGUGGACAAUAAAGUUGACUUCUAUGCUGUUUCCUUCGUCAAAGAUGCUGCAGUGAUCCAUGAAUUGAAGAAUUACCUACAAAGUUGUGGUGCUGAUAUACAUGUCAUUCCGAAAAUUGAAAGUGCAGAUUCCAUUCCGAAUUUGCAUUCCAUAAUCAUGGCGUCUGAUGGGGCAAUGGUUGCAAGAGGAGAUCUUGGCGCAGAGCUUCCAAUUGAGGAGGUUCCAUUGUUGCAGGAAGAGAUAAUCAGGAUGUGUCGUAGCAUGGGGAAAGCUGUUAUUGUUGCAACAAAUAUGCUGGAAAGCAUGAUUGUCCAUCCAACACCAACCCGAGCUGAGGUUUCAGACAUUGCCAUUGCAGUUCGAGAGGGUGCUGAUGCAGUUAUGCUCUCUGGAGAAACUGCUCAUGGGAAGUUUCCAUUGAAAGCUGUCAAAGUUAUGCACACUGUAGCAUUACGGACUGAAGAAACCUUGGUUGGAGGGGAAACACCUUCAAAUCUUGGCCAGGCCUUCAAGAAUCAUAUGAGCGAGAUGUUUGCAUUCCAUGCAACAAUGAUGUCUAACACUCUUGGAACCUCAAUUGUUGUCUUCACCAGAACUGGUUUCAUGGCCAUUCUACUGAGCCAUUAUCGGCCUUCAGGCACCAUAUUUGCAUUCACAAACGAGAAAACAGUGCAGCAAAGGCUGGCCUUAUACCAAGGAGUCCGUCCAAUUUACAUGGAGUUCUCUGACGAUGCAGAAGAAACCUUUGAAAAUGCGGUGGAUUUGUUGCAGAAGCAAGGGAUGGUGAAGCAAGGGGAGCACGUAGCUCUUGUUCAGAGUGGAAGACAACCCAUCUGGCGAUUCCAAUCGACCCACAACAUCCAGGUCAGGAAAGUUUAGAGGACAGAUUCGACACAGAAAGCCAUCAUAAAGAAAGGCCGUUUGGCGGGAAAAUCUUGUGGAUAUCUGUUCCGGUCGGUUUGCAGGAGUUUUUUGUCUACCUUAUAUUGCCACCCAUGAGCACCCUCUUUCAGUUUGCUUUUCCUUUAUGUUGUUCUGUUUUUGUCAACUUGUUUUCGUGAAAGACUCUUGAUCUAAACCAAACCCAAGUCAGAUCUAGGAAUGACCAUAUGUCAACUCCAGGCCGCGUUGCUUAGCUAUCCUCAAAUAGAAGAGAAGGGAGAUCCGGCUAGAGAUUCUGUCUAGGUCUUUUGGUUUAGUCAAAGUUGCUUCCUACGGCUACGUUGAUCAUAGACUUUUCUUGUAAUAGCUUGAUGUACUCUUUUGUUCAAGUUAAUAAUACUCUAUUCUUUUUCUGGUGAAAA